AUGUUCGAGGCGUUUCCUAUACAACCAAUUCAACCUCAAGCUUUGAUGACAACAUCGGAGGCAACUGGUAUCGCUCACACAUCUGAAAUUUCUCCUUCACAUGGGCCACAAUUUUGGGGUAUGGGUAUUAAUAAUUCAAAUGGAAUGGGGCUAAGUGGUGUUGGUGGUAUCGGUAUUAAUGUGGUAGGAGGUGGCACAAGUCGAAAUGGAAGCAGAAGAAUGUAUGAUGAUAAUUCCCCAUCUUCAUCUUCAUCUAUUCCUACUAAUGCUUUUACUACAACUUCACCAGCAACACAUUAUGUUCAUAUAAAAUCUCCUGUAGCAAGCAAUGUUGUUGUUUCACAAAGGUAUGCACAAUAA